AUGGCUCCUGCUAAUAUUACUACCAACAUCAAUUCCAUCCCUAUACUAAAUGGCUCAAACUUCAAAUCAUGGAACGACAACCUUGAGAUAUUUCUCGAGGUGAUGGAUCUUGACUUUGCACUAAGGGAAGAUUCCCCUCUUGCAUUUUCAGAUAAGAGUACCUCUAAAGAAAAGAGGGAGAAAGAAAGGUGGGAGAAAUCUAACCGUAUGUGUGUAAUGAUUAUAAAGAAGACAAUUCCAAAAGCAUUCAGAGGCACAAUGUUUGAUAUAUUAACUAGAGCUAAAGAUUUCCUCACUGAUACUGAAAAGAGGUUUAUCAAGAAUGAGAAAGCUGAAAUUGGUACACUCUUGACAAACCUAAUUUCAAAAAGGUACACUGGGAAAGGCAAUAUCAGGGGGUACAUUAUGGAAAUGUCUCAUCUUGCUUCAAAAUUGAGAGCUCCUAAACUUGAUCUCUCUGAGGACUUGUUAGUGCAUUUGGUUUUGAUAUCUCUUCCAACACAGUUUAGUCAGUUUAAAGUGAUCUACAAUUGUCAGAGAGAGACUUUGUCUCUAAAUUAG